AUGCGUCGGUUACGUGUCUCGUGGUACCUUCUCCCCACUGCGGAAAUAACAGUGCGGGCUGCAUCCCUGUCCUCAAGAUUGGGUAUCUCUUUAUUGGGUGAAAACUUGGAGGACGAAGAGCGACUCGCCCGACUUCUUGUGCAGGAUGCCCCCACAAUGGCAGCUGCAGCAGCAGCGGCUGCCCCGCUACCGGUAUCAUCAGCUAUGAAAUUCUCGACAUCCACUGUUCCUGUCACCACCUUCGCGGUGUCGUCAAUGACAGAAAUGGGCCCCAGGACGACUGAAGAAGCCACAUUGGCAAAUGACAUCUUGUUGGAGGAGGAGGAUGCAGCAACACUGCAGCGGGGUGGUUCCCCUAUCAAACUUUCUCGUCAGGGAAAUCAACAACUGGCUAAGUACUUGUAUAUCCGUCGGUCAAUGCAUGCGAAGGUUGUCAAGGAAGGUGCAGAACCGGUGGAGGAGUCUACUCUUGAGUGGAUGUGCAUUCGCUGCCGGACCUAUAACUUUGUGGGUCGAAAGUCGUGUAGGCGAUGCAACCAAAGGGAUGUGGACUCCUUUAAACACAACGCACCUCCUGCACGUCAUAUUCCACUAUUCCCUACUCUCUGGACAUGUCAUUCAUGUGGCUGCAUAAAUCGUUCAGAGUCUAACGAAGCUUGUAGCCGCAACAAGUUUUUUUGCGACGGUUGUAACAAGCGGUUUACUGGUGUGCGUGAAUGGUAUUGCCCCUUCUGUCACUGCAUCAAUUCGCGAGGUGCGACGCAAUGUGCAACGUGCUACAAUGAACGCCCUCAUUCCUGGACGUGUCCCUCCUGCAAGCACGAGAGGAACUCGAUCUUCGCUACGGAGUGUCGUAGUUGUCAUGUCUCCUGUCAAAAACAGGUGUCUGACUCCACCAUUCUUUGUCCAACGUGUCGUCAACGUAAUGAUGCGCAGUGGGAGAUGUGUUUUUUCUGCAUGACACCACUGGGUGUAAUGCUGAGCAUAAGGAAGCUUCAGAACAGAGUGGUCGACAGCGUGAAGGAGGUGGUAGAAGCCUUGCCGAGUGAACCUGAAUACAGGGGGAGCAACGGUGAGGGGGGGCACCUUUUGGAACUCACGGUGGCGCAGCCUCCUCCGACGACUUGUAUGGAGACAGAAGCUGCAGGGGCGAGGGGAAGGGAUGAAAUGCAAUCAAGCAAAUUUCAACCACCGGAGCAAGAGAAAGAGGCGACCCAUAAGGACUCAAAGGCGGAAUGCCAGCAAGGGCAGUGCUCCUCAGGUGAGUGGGUGAGCCCUACGCGAGAAGAACAAAUCCCGGAACUUGCGAUGAGUGAAGAAGGAACAUGGUGGUGUGACGAAUGCCAGGUUGUGCAUCGGCGCAAUGUGGGGUUUUGUGACAUUUGCCUGAAGCCAAAAGCCCUUGCAAGUUCGAGAAAGACGAUGUCACAGCGAGAAAGGAUAGUGCGAAAUGGAUUGUUCUCCGUCACAUCUGCUCAUCACACUGAGGAUGCGUCACUGACACACUGUGGGAAGUCCUUGAGUUCAAAGUCAGAGGAAACAGGUGGUGGACAGCGCGAAGAGCAACAACAAGUACAGGUUGUGUCUACUGCGUUGGUGGACGCUGCUUUAGCUUCCUCUUCCGUGGGUGAUACAGGUCAGUGGCGAUGCCCAUAUUGCCGAAAGAUGCAGGGUGUUAUGGAGAUGUCAUGUUGCAGCGUAGCACGCGAGAUUCCAUUUGGGUAUUGGCUUUGCACCACUUGCUGCAGUACAAACCGUGAUGAACGGGCUACAUGCAUGGGUUGUGGUGCAGCACCACCUGCAAAACCGUGGCAGUGUUUUUUAUGCAGGUUUAGAAAUAAUAGUCAGGACCUCUUUUGUGCUCACUGUGGCUCUGCGCAUCUGCAUCACUGGGAGUGUGCAAAGUGUGGUACGAAAUGUCAACACGCCUCUCACCGCAGGUGUCCUUCGUGUGGCGCGGAGAAGCCUUUGACAUGA